AUGGAAUGGAGUCAGAUCAAUCCCGGCCACCAUCUUGACCAGCUUGCCUUGUCGGUGGGUAUCGAGUCCGGUAUCAUCAAACAGGUUGUGUGUUUGUUUGCGUCAUUCCCGUUUGCGUUCGUAUUAAAGAGGCUUCCUGAUCAAAACAUCUUGCUCAAAAAUCUCUAUGUGAUCGGUGUAUCUGCUUUCUACUUAUUUGCUUUGCUCAAUAUCUUUGGCGGAUUCUUGACCUUGUUUUUUGCGUCAAUGGGUAGUUACUUGAUCACCAGAUACAUUAGAACCCCAUACAUGCCUUGGAUCAACUUUGUGUUUUGCAUGGGUCAUUUGGCAUCGAGCCAUUUAAAGUCCCAGUUCUUUAUCGACGAAGUUUACAAUCCAGACAUCAUUGAUGUUACUGGUGCACAAAUGGUUUUGGUGAUGAAGUUGACCUCGUUUGGCUGGAGUGUUCAAGAUGGCAGAAACCCAACCGAUGAGUUGAGCACUUUCCAAAAAUCAAAGAUCAUCAAGAAGCAUCCAAAUUUAAUCAACUUCAUGAGUUAUGCAUUCUUCUUUCCUUCGUUAUUGACUGGGCCUUCCUUUGAUUACGCUGAUUAUGAUAGAUGGAUCCAUGGUCAAUUGUUUUCUGAUGUGCCUGAAGAAAGAAAACCUGGGAGAAGAAGAAAAAGAAUGAUUCCAAAGAACGGUAAAGUUGUGGCUUGGAAGGUUAUUCAAGGAUUGUUCUGGGCGGUUUUAUUUUUCAAAGGGGCGUCUUUUGUCAGUACUGAUGCCAUUUUCGACCCCAAGUUCAAAAGUCAUGGGUUUAUUAGCAAAGCAGUCAUAUUAUACAUUUUGGGUGUCACCUACAGAUUUAAAUAUUAUGCUGCCUGGACAAUCUCUGAAGCCGGUUGUAUCUUGUGUGGUUUGGGAUAUAAUGGCUACGACAAGCAAACUGGGAAAUUCAAAUGGAAUGCGGUGCAAAAUGUUGAUCCAAUUGCUUUUGAAACUGGUCAGAACGCCCAUGUUUGUUUGGAAGCCUGGAAUAUGAACACCAACAAGUGGUUGAAGAAUUAUGUCUAUUUGCGUGUGAAGCACAAGAACAGGAAACCAGGUUUCAAGAGCACGUUAUUCACAUUUGUGGUUAGUGCUUUCUGGCACGGUACCCGUCCAGGUUACUAUUUGAGUUUUGUUUGCGGGGCAUUGUUCCAAUCUUGUAUGAAGAUCUAUAGAAAGAACAUUAGACCAAUAUUCUUAGACAAUGGUAAAAAGAAGUUUGCUUACGAUGUGAUGUCCUGGGUCGUCACCCAGCUUUCGUUUGGGUUUAUGGUGCAACCUUUCAUGAUUUUGGAUUUCUCAAAAUCGAUUUAUUGUUGGGGCCUGGUGUAUUUCUACCCAUUGGUCGGAGUUGCCGUCACCCUUUUCCUCUUUAGAGGCCCUUACAGUAAGAAAGUGGCUGGUUUCCUCAAACAGUACCACGUUCUGGUCCCAGAAACCAAGCAGGGUGCUAAAGUUGCAACGACCACUAGUGCCAGCAUUAAGAAUCCUAAAUUGGCGCAGAUCCUCAAGGAUAAAGAGGAUUAUGAAGAAUUUGGCAGUUUGGGGGUUCCUAGCCAAGAGUUGAGUAAGGAAGAAUUCGACAGACACAUGAAGGAAGUUGGAGAAAUGGCCGAGGAUUUUAAAGAAUGGAAUACUCAUAAACGUAGAAGCUCCAUUACCGAUGGUCAAGAAGUCAUUAAAGAUGCCCUCAAUGAAUUCAAGAAGGAUAUGGUCUCGUUAAUGCCACCAAAGGAAGGGGAGAACGAUAAAAAGAAGGAUUAA